AUGUCUUUUCCGUACAGCGAGGAGUUGCUGAAAAAGGAGAUCCGACAGUUCGCCCGAGACAUUGGCAUCAACCCCAUCGAGGAGCCAGAUCUCAUGUGGUUGGCACAGGAGGGCAUCCGGAAGCCUCUGUCCGCUGAGUGGAAGCUCUGCCUGGACAGGACAGGGAAGAAGUAUUUUUUCAACUUCUCCACGUUGGAUUUCAUCUACGAGCACCCUUCGAAGGAGCCUUACCGCAUCCGGGUGGCGCAGGAGCGGGAGCGUUUGCGUGCCCAGUCCAAAGACGUAGCCGCUAAAAAUGAGAAAAAUACGAAACUAAAGGAGGAAAAAAAGGAACGUAAGGAGAAGAAGCCACUCAAGGCCUUUUCAGCUCCUGUCUCUGGCCUGGGCUCCAGUCCAAUAGGACUUAGCCCAGAGAAGAAUGUACCUUUUUCCUCACCUGACCAAGAUGAUAAACAGCAUAAAUUCUCUGAAGAAGAGGACAGUGAGGACAGCGAUGUUAUCGUGGUGAGCAGGGCAGCUCCCCCGGAGAAGAUAAGGUCAGAGCUGAAGGUCACAAUGGUGAAGAGACAGAACCAGUACACUGUAAAAAAGACAGAAGACAAAAAAAUCAAACAUCACGUCUUCAGAAAGGACAAGACUGAACUUCAGAUCACGUCACGGAAAGGAAAUCAUAAGAAUGUGAAAGAUAAAUCAUUUGAAAAAGUUUAUAAAUAA